AUGCCACGUUCUGGUUUGCUACAAUCAGCGUUCAUCACUAUUUAUGUCAUGUAUCUGACUUGGGCUGCUCUCAUCAACAACCCUGACAAGCCGUGCAAUCCGUCAUUGAUCAGCAUUUUCACGAAUGCUACUCGACCAGGAGAUAAAGACGAACAUAUAUAUGGCACCCCAGUUCCAGCACAGUCGAUCGUAUCGUUAGUUCUGUGGUUCCUGUGCCUCCUGUACGCUUCGAUUCGAACAUCGACGAACUCUUCGCUUGGAAAAAUCACUGGUGGAGGUGAAAACAUCCAACUAAGUGGGUCUCGCGACGCGAUUGUACCCACAAGCGCUGCAUUUCCUGCCCCUGUGAAGAACGAUAUUCUGCAUGUUUCUCAGUGA